UUGGCAAAUCAUGAAUGUUUUCAAAAUUCUAAAAGAUGUUCCUUUUCCUAGGAGUAAAAAGCAAAGACGAAAGCCAAUUCGUCAUCAUUUGUACGAUCUUUGAGAUGUUUUUGGACAAUUGAAGCACCCAAAGUUUUGAAAAAUCUAAUCCAUCAUCUUCUCACUUUCUUUUUAUUUUCGAUGGCUAACUUUCCUUCUCUAAACUUGAUUGACGUCUGCAAAGUCUCUCCUCCACCGACAGCAGCAGCGCCCUCUUCUCUUCCCCUCACUUUCUUUGAUUUGGCGUGGCUAAGGUUUCAUCCAACCCAACGUCUUUUCUUCUACGAAUUUCCAUUGGAUGAGAUCUCGUUUCACGACGUCAUUGUUCCAAAACUCAAGAGUUCUCUGUCUCUUACUCUUCGCCACUAUCUUCCUCUUGUUGGUAACCUCGUUUGGCCAUCUCAAUCUGAUGUACCCAUCAUUGAAUUUGUCGAAGGUGAUGGGGUUUUUGUGACGAUAGCGGAGUGCGACGGGGACUUUUAUCAUCUUUCUGGUAACGGAUUUCGGGAAGUUUCGAAAUUUCAUCCUCUUGUUCCUGAAUUGACAGUCUCUAAUGACCGUGCUGCAGCCACUGCUAUUCAGGUAACUAAAUUUCAAAAUAAAGGUUUUUCCAUUGGAAUAACCAAUCACCAUGCAAUCAUAGAUGGAAGAAGCUCAACUUCAUUUAUCAAAUCAUGGGCUCAAAUUUGUAUGGAAGAAUCCUCUAUACCAACCCCCAAACAAAUGUCAUUAUAUGAUAGGUCAGUUAUAACUGAUCCAAAAGAUUUUGCAAAAAUCUAUGCAAAAGCAUGGAAAGACCUGGAAGGACCCAACAACAAAAGCUUAAACCUCAAAUUCCCCAAAACAAAACAUGGUUUAAUUAGAAGCACUUUGGAAUUCACACACCAAAGCAUGCAAAAGCUAAAGGAAUGGAUCUUGAAAGAGAAGAGCAAGAAUGAAAAUUUUGAUUCUUCUUCUUCUCACAUAUCUUCAUUUGUAAUAGCAACGGCUUAUCUUUGUGUAUGUACAGCCAAAUUAGAAGGUUUAAAAGAAGGGAAACUAUGUUUUGCUUUUGCAGCUGAUGCAAGAACUCGUUUAAAGCCACAAGUGCCAUUGAAUUACUUUGGGAAUUGUUUGGUUGGUGUGUUUCUUCGACUUGAACGGUUUGAACUUUUGAGUGAAAAUGGAAUAAUUUUGGCUUGUGAUGAGAUUUCAAAGGCUAUUAGAAAUUUGGAUGAUGGAGUUUUAAAUGGGUGUGAGAAUUGGGGGUUAAGGAUGAGCCAAGUGACAAUUGAUUAUUCAAAAUCACAAGUCAUUUCUUUAUCUGGUUCACCAAGAUUUGGAGUUUAUAAUGUUGACUUUGGAUUUGGAAAGCCAAAGAAAGUGGAGAUUGUGUCAAGUGAAUUACCAAAUGUUUUUUCUUUGAUUGAUAGUAGAAAUAGUGAUGUGGUAAUGGAGAUUGGUGUUGUUAAGGAAAAAGAUGAAAUGGAAGCUUUUAUUGCUAUAUUUAAUCAUGGCUUUGAAUCUAUUUGAAAUCAUCAUGAUUGGGAGUUUCCAAAGAUUAAUUUGUCCGCUUUUUGAGUUUUGCUACAUUUUUAAUAAUGAUGUUUAAUUUAAUAGAGGUUAAAAGUACUAUGCUAUUUUUGUAUUUUGUAAGACUUGUUUCAUUUUAGUAAUGGUACUUUUAUGUAUGAGUGAUUUAAUAAAUUUUACCAUUAUUUGCUUAUUGCCAA